CCUGCAGAUAAUGGCGAAUUUCCAUACUUCACUUACCCUUGUGUCUCCCUUCAGGAAGGAUUGUAGGAAUGCCCCAUGGAAAACUACAAUCAAACAUCAACUGAUUUCAUCUUAUUGGGAUUGUUUCCACCACCAAGAAUUGGCCUUUUCCUCUUCAUUCUUAUUGUUUUCAUAUUUCUAAUGGCUCUAAUUGGAAACCUAUCCAUGAUUCUUCUCAUCUUCUUGGACACCCAUCUCCACACACCCAUGUAUUUCCUACUUAGUCAGCUCUCCCUCAUUGACCUAAAUUACAUCUCCACCAUUGUUCCUAAGAUGGCAUCUGAUUUUCUGUAUGGAAACAAGUCUAUCUCCUUCAUUGGCUGUGGGAUUCAGAGCUUCUUCUUCUUGGCAUUAGGAGGUGCAGAAGCACUACUUUUGGCAUCUAUGGCCUACGAUCGUUAUAUUGCUAUUUGCUUUCCUCUCCACUAUCUCAUCCGCAUGAGCAAAAGAGUGUGUGUGCUGAUGAUAACUGGAUCUUGGAUCAUAGGUUCUAUCAAUGCUUGUGCUCACACUGUGUAUAUACUCCAUAUCCCUUAUUGUCGAUCCAGGACCAUUAAUCACUUCUUCUGCGAUGUCCCAGCCAUGGUGACUCUGGCCUGCAUGGACACCUGGGUCUAUGAGGGCACAGUGUUUUUGAGCACUGCCAUCUUUCUUGUGUUUCCAUUCAUUGGUAUUGCAUGCUCCUAUGGCCAGGUUCUCCUUGCUAUCUACCGCAUGCACUCUGCAGAGGGGAGAAAGAAGGCCUAUGUGACCUGCAGCUCCCACCUCACUGUAGUAACUUUCUACUAUGUGCCUUUUGUCUACACCUAUCUACGUCCAAGAUCCCUGCGAUCUCCAACAGAGGACAAGGUUCUGGCUGUCUUCUACACCAUCCUCACUCCAAUGCUCAACCCCAUCAUCUACAGCCUGAGAAACAAGGAGGUGAUGGGGGCCCUGAUACGAGUGAAUCGGAGAAUCUGCUCUGUGAAAAUGUAGAAACACUUUGUGCCUAAGGUCACAGAACUCAGGUAUGUGUACAUUCAGCAGUAUGUAGCAAUUAAAAUAUUAUU